AUGCUCUCACCACUCUACAUAACUAUUCUCCUCGCUGUAAUUUACCCCAGCUACCAACUAUACAACUCCCUGCGCUAUCGUCUCCAAGCGCGUAACGCAGGAUGCUCAUCACCAAGCAAAUACCGCCACAAAGACCCAAUUCUCGGCCUCGAUCUCUUCUUACGGCGGAUUGAAUCUAUGAAACUCGGCGACACAUUAGCACUUGACCAAAACCUCUUCGACACCUACGGCAAAACCGUGCAAACAAACGUAUGGGGUACGAAACAAUAUGUGACCAUGGACGCGAAGAAUAUUCAAACCAUAUGCGCUACUCAAGUCGAUAGAUUCGGGUCAGCGCCCAUGAAUAAUGCGCCUUGUAAACCGUUUCUGGGGGAUGGAAUUAUCACGGUAGAUGGCGCGCACUGGAAACAUUCGCGGAAUCUCAUCAAUCCUAUUUUUGCUCGGGCUCAGAUUGCCGAGUUGUCUACGUUUGGUAGCCAUGUGAGACGAAUGAUCGGGAAAAUUCCAAAAGAUGGGUCUACUAUCGAUAUGCAGCCGCUUCUGAAAAUGCUGUUCCUAGACAGUAACACCGAAUUCAUCUUCGGAGAGUCAGCUAACUCUUUAGCUCUUGAAACCAGUUCUGUUAUAGCACGCCGACUUCCUGCGAUCUUUGACGAUGCACUGAAAGGAAUGCGCAAGCGGUUUGUCCUUGGUAAAUUAGCUUUUUUGGCUGGAAGUGAUAAAGAGUGGCUUGGGAAGUGUGCUGAGGUUCAUGCGAUCAUUGAUGGUUUUAUUGAGGAGGAGAUUCGCGUUAAACAAUUGGCAAAGCGGGAUGAGCUUUCUAAAAAGAGUAAAUCAGAGGAGACACCCUAUAGCUAUGUGCUUUUGAAAGAGUUGGUUCGGGCAACGGAUGAUAAGAUUUUCAUCCGAAACGAGCUGAUGAAUGUAUUCUUCCCGGCUCGUGAUACGACGGCUGCUAUGACUGGGAAUAUACUCUUCCUUCUGGCGCGACAUCCGGAGGUUUGGAAUACCCUUCGGAAAGAAGUUUUGGCAGUCGGAGAACAGGAAUUGACUUUCGAAUUACUCAAGUCGAUGAAGUAUAUGAAUGCCGUUAUGAGUGAAGGUAAGUCAUUUAUACGACGCCCAUUAACGGAUGACGAAAAGUUAAGGUUGUACUCUCUAGGUCUUCGUCUCCUGAAUCCCGUCGCGCGAAGUUGGAAAACCUGCACACAAACCUGCAUCCUCCCUCACGGCGGCGGACCAAACGGUGAUAAACCCAUUCUCCUCCAACCCGGAGAUCAAGUCGACAUGUCUUUCGCUUCCAUGCAUGUGGACCCUGAUAUUUGGGUGACUGACUCUCGAAAAUUCAAACCCGAACGCUGGAUUGGGCUAAAACAUAGCUGGAAUUUCAUUCCCUUCUUUGGAGGUCGCAGAACAUGUCCAGCACAGCAGAAUGUUUUGACCGACAUGUCUUAUGUUUUGACGAGGCUUAUGCAAGAAUUCAAGUAUUGUGAGAAUAGGGAUGAAUACAAGAACUAUGUCGAGGAAUUCGUCUUUACGAAAGAGAGUAGGAAUGGGGUUAAAGUCGCGUUUCUUUGA